UUUGUAGAAAUUAGUGUUGGUUGGCAGCAGCCUUACCUGAUUCGUUCAGUAUAGAAGAAGAUGGCGACGAGAAAAGUGAACGUUAACGAUGUCCUCCUAACAGUGAAUCUCUUUUUGUUUUUUUCUUUUUUAAUCGAUGCUAAAAAACUCGAUGAUAUUGUUCAAGAAUCUUCCGGUGGGCUACCAUUUUUACAAUUCACAAAAGACGGUGUUCGUGUGAAUUUUGCUGGAUAUCAUGCUGAAACUGGUCUCGGUGGUCUUCUUGGUAAUUCUCAAACCGGUGGAGGACUUCAUGCAAGUGCUGGAACACCGUUUGGUCCACAAGCAUCUGCUGGAUUAGGUGGACUACUUAACGGUGAUAAUGCGAACACAGGUGGUGGUUUAUAUGCCCAAGCUGGUCUUGGACAUAAUCGACCAGCAGCCAGAGCUGGACUUGGAGGAAUCCUAGACGGAAGUGGAAAUUCGAAUAAUCCUAUUGCCGGUAUUCUUUUCGCGAACGCUGGACUUGGAAAUAAUCAACCAUCAGCCAAAGCUGGACUAGCAGGAAUCCUGGACGGAAGUGGAAAUUCGAAUAAUCCUAUUGCCGGUACUCUUUUCGCGGACGCUGGACUUGGAAAUAAUCAACCAGCAGUCAGAACUUCCGAUAAUGUUUAUUAUGAUACAAUACCUAGUAAUGCCGCAUCAAUUAAACCAUCUACAAGUCACACAAAUAUACAAUUAAUUUCAGGCUCAAUACCGAAGAAUCAUAAGAGCCAAAGAGCGAUAAACUCAAAAUCAGUAGUUCAGAUCAACGAACCUAUUCCCGAGUCGAAAUACGCAGGUACGUCGGCAGAACUAUAUGCGAAUACAGGUUAUGUCAGUGGCAAGAGUGCAUUCGAAAAUGUACAAAAGAUUCCAACUUCCCGUGAUAAAUCGAUUGAAGAAGAUCGAAAGAUAAACGAGGCUACUCCACUUGUUAAUGACUUAAUAUCUUCGAAAGGAGUCAUUGAAGCUAAUGCUGGAGCUAAUGGAAAUGCUGCAGUUGGUAGUAACGUUAACACGGCACAAGAACAACCGCUGUUAAAUCAUUGGUACUUAAGAAAAAGAUUUCGCAGUGGUCCAUUGAGAAAACAAAUAUUACAUUCGAGUUCGGUGAUACCAGUUUCGGUUCCGAUAACAGCAUCCACAUCUAGUGGUACAUCAGGAACUGCAUCUGGUGGAGUAUCUGCAAGUGCAUCAGGAGAAAUUAUUUCACGAGUGAACGCCGACAGUUCGGCUGGCAGUGACGUCACUUUUGUUAGUUCGAAAACUUAUAAACCAGGAUCGUUCUUUGACGAUAUUUUUAAUAUACCAAUUUCCACAUUGACAGCGGUAAAUCAAUUACUCAGAAAUAAUGCUGGCUGAGGACUGGACCAUCUUUAUUAUCAUCUUACUACUUUAUACUUCUAUAAUUAUUUUCUUUUGAUAUUAUUACGAAUGAUCUUCGUAAAAAAAAAAAAAAACCACGUAGUAUUCAUAUGGUUGGUGCAUUCGUUUAUUAUUAUUAUUUUUUUUUAUUAUUUUUUUUUUUUUUUAUUCUGAAGUAUUUAUUCGUCGACUACUUUUUAUUAGAAACAAUUAUCUAUUAUAAUAGGUACAUAGAUUGCAAUCAUACAAACGAGAUGAUAAAUAUGACGACAUUAAUUAUAA